UUUGUUUACAGUUGCUGCAGCAACGGCCAACAGGUCAAGCGCGUCAGAUCAAACCUCCUAGCUGUUCUUGCCUUCAACACGGCUUACUUUGUCAAGUGAGGUGUCUGAAAAUCAGCUUGCAAGUUUUUCUAAACUCCAUUCAUUCGUUAACUUGGUUGCCGAUCUCACAGAGGGAACGUUGCCCGCUCAUCCUCUGCAGUCAUGGCAAGCCUCUUCCAGAAGAAGUACACCGCUGCGAAUGAUUACCCCAACUUUGAUGGUCACAAAUCGCUGCUGUCUCAGCAUCUCACCAAGGAUUUGUACAUCAAGCUGAGGGAUGUGCAGACGGAGAGUGGAUUCACCCUGGACAGAGUCAUUCAGAACGGAGUAGACAACGCAGAUUUCCACCUGGGUAUCCUUGCUGGUGAUGAACAGACUUAUGAGGUUUUCAAAGAGCUUUUAGAUCCAAUCAUCCAAGACUACCAUAAUGGAUUCAAGCCCACAGACAACCAUGUGACAGACAUGGACCUCAGCAAACUCAAGGGAGGCCAGCUCAGCGAGAAAUACGUCAUCAGUUCUCGCAUUCGCACAGGCCGCAACAUCCGAGGCUUCGCUCUUGCUCCAUUCAUUUGCCGUGCGGAAAGACGGGAGGUAGAAAACAUCGCUCAGCGAGCACUUGACAAAUUUAGUGGAGAUCUGAAGGGUAAGUACUACUCCCUUCAAACUCUGAGUGAGGGAGACAAGCAGCAGCUCAUUGACGAUCACUUCUUGUUUGAGCGGCCCAUCUCCCGUCACUUCACCAGUGGCGGAAUGGCGAGAGACUUCCCUGAUGGCCGUGGCAUUUGGCAUACCACAGACAAACGAUUCCUCGUCUGGGUCAACGAGGAAGAUCAGUUGCGCAUCAUCUCCAUGAGGAAAGGUGGUGACAUGCGGGCCACUUUUGAGCUCUUCUGUCAAGGACUCAAUCAGUUUCAGGCAAACAUGGCCGAGGAGGGCAAGGAGUUCAUGAGGAACGACCAUCUGGGCUUCAUCCUGACCUGCCCCUCCAACCUGGGCACCGGGGUGCGCUGCAGCGUGCAUGCCCGCUUCCCGCUCUUGGCCAGCGACAAACGCUACAACCUGGACCAGAUCUGCAAGGCUCUCAGGCUACAGAAACGAGGAACAAGCGGAGAAUUCACCGAGGCCGUCGGGGGUGUGUACGACAUCUCCAACCUGGACCGUCUGGGCUCCACCGAGGUGCAGCAGGUCCAGUGCGUCAUCGACGGUGUCAACAAGCUGAGCGAUAUGGAGCAGCUGUUGGAGAAGGGUGAAAAGAUCGACCACCUCCUACCCCCUAUGUGUGAGCCAGCCCCGGAGAACACUAAUACCAACAACAGCAGCAGGUCUCCCAAGGCAAAGAAGACGUCGGUGUGCAUAGCGCUGUGAUGCUGUGGUAAUGUUUAUGUCGCAGUUAUUCAGACAAAACCCGGACAGAGCCCAAAUGAAGGAGGAUAAUACCAAAACAAGGAUCCCUUCAAACUCCUACCUCUGUUUCUUAAUGAUGUGCUUAAAAAUCUUCCACUGAAACUGAAAAGUGAUAUUGUUUUAUCCGUCCGAGCUUCAGAUGCAUAUAUUUUAUCCCAAAAAUACUUUUGUUAUGCUCAUUUUUGUAGAGAGGAGUUGUUUUUUGAGGAUUUGUCAAAAACAUGCAUUUAGUAUUUAUAAUCUGCUUUCUCAUAACGUUUGUUUUAUAAAAUGGACUUUGACACAAUGAUACUGGUGAUUCAGUACCUGCACAUAGCAUUACCACAGCAUUUGGAUUGUGGUGAGGUUUGUUUGGAGUUGAAAUUUUUGUUGUAUAUAUCAUGCUUUCUGUUAUUAUUUUUUCUUGUUUUUUGCGUGUCUGUUCAUAUAUCCUGUGUGUGUGUGUGCAUAUCAGAUAUACAAAACAAAUUUCCUGUUUUCUGAAAAAAAACUUCUAAAUUGCCAGUAUUUGUUGCAUGAAGAAACGUCUCAAACUGUUCUGAAUUGGAGCGAUUUUUACUGCGUCCGUAGGCAACGAGACCUACAUAAUACCACCGUAGAAAGAAGUCUCGGGAAAUGUGAGUUGGGUACAUAAGUUUCAGCUGUGGCAGAUAACGAAGGUAAUGGCUAGCUACUGUCAUCACUUUCCAUUAGCACACACAUUACUGCCAGCCAUAGCCAUGACUGCCGGCACAGCCUCGCGGUCACAAAAUGAAUGAAGAUUUAUUUUAUGGGGUGAGCUGCAGAGCGUUUCUUUGAUGGUUACAGUUCCCACAUUUGUCAUUUACUAGUCCAUGUAUUAACUGGGUGAUUGGGCGAUAUACAUGUGAGAUUCAGUUAGUUAGGUGUGUGAGAUGUGUGUGUAGUCCUCUUCUAUGAAUCUUUGAGACUGUCAGUUUUGCAGUGAGUUAUAGAUGCCUUUUACCAGAUCAUGAUGUAUGUAAAUGUCAAAACUGCUCCACUUUUAAGUAAUAUGUGAUGCGAUCCAGCAAAAUCAGUCGUUUUGUCAAACUUUUAUUUGAAGAAACAUCUGUGAAUAAAAGUGUCCAAAACCCUAUGUCUCCACGUUUCAACUUCCACUGCUGUUGAUCUUAGGGUGGUUUCGGGGAGGGCAUUUUUGUAGAAAUAAAGUCAACAUUGUACAUGUAUACCUUUUGAAGUAGAGAAUUCAGUGAAUUUGCCCGGGUCGACAAACGACUCAUUAAGCUUAAUUGUAGGAUGUAUUCAAAGAUGACAAAAUCUGCAGCCUUAUAUUGAUGCGAGGAGAUAGUUCUGCGUAAUCACUUACCUUGCACAUCAUUGUAACAGCAUCCACCCUUGAGCACAGAGAACACUCAACACACUAGUGCAUUGUCCGGAGAAAUUUAACAAGUUUUGGGAGUGUUGUAAAGAGUAGUACGUGUAACAUUACCUGCUUAGAACUUCUGGUCCGUAUAGAAGCAGCCCGGAUUCUUCCACGAAUGACAUCUUGACCAGUUUAUGUUCCUGUUUUUAAAGACUACUGCAGUAUGAUAACUGUAAUAAAAAAAAAUAAUGUCAGCUAUCAUUUGUAUUUGAUUCAUUAUCUUGUGGAAAUUGUUCAGAAUGCUUUACCUUCUGUGUGAACCCUGAACUUUAUAUUCGUAUCACCUUCAGGGGCUUAUGUCAGGUGAACUUCAUUCCUCACAAAGCACAGCAUUUUCAUCGUCAAUUUUCUGUGUUUGGGGAAUUCAAUGGUGAGGAUGUAAACACAAAAACUCAACACUGUGUAUUUCCCAGUAUACAAAUCUUACUUAAUGAGUGAAGUCCAGCAUAAUAAAGCUAAGAAACUGUUUCAAAAA